UUUUCAUGGGCCAGAUGGCAGGUUUUGUCAGUCAGUAGUCCUUCGAGCUUCGUUCGAGCUUUGGAUCCGUGUUGUAUUUGGAGAUUUUAGUUUCAUCUGUGAAAGUGUGAAGCCAGCGAAAUAUACAGAGUUUGAAAAUCGCGAUAUUUCAGCUUAUUACUGCUGUGCAGUAACUAGUUGUUGCGUCGCGUCACCUUCGCAAUCUGGAACCCGAGGAGUUUAGUUUCUUCUGUACAAUUAUAGAAAUAUUCCGCGUUAAUAGUAUAAGCGCAAUAUCGCGUCACAUACGUCAGUAAAUCGUACAUACACGAGCAAUACUACGAUCAGUUAACAAAUAAAUCCGUUUCCCCAAACGCUCUUCGUCGAUUUCCCAGUUUGUUUAUUUUCCUACUUACAUGCGUGGUGAUUCCAUGUCGCAACGAUGGUUGAUAGCAGUGGAGAAUACGUUCUUCAGUGGGAAGGACACGGUAGCCAUGUCGCAGAGAGAUUCAGCGGACUUUUGGCCCGACAAUCCCUUGUCGAUAUUACCCUGAUUUGCGAGGAACAAAGGCUGCGCGUUCACAAGCUGGUACUUGCAUCGUGCAGUCUUUACUUUGAGGAAAUGCUGGAACAAGAUCUGGGCCAGGAGCCGACAAUUCUAUUUAGCGAUUUAAAUUUUGAAGUUUUGAAGUCGAUGGUUGAAUUCAUGUACUGCGGAGAAACGAGUAUUUCGAAACAGCACUUGGAACCCUUACUUCAAGCUGCGAUAGUGUUUAAGGUGAAAGAACUCGCAUCUAUUAUCAAAAAUAUGAUCGGAGCUAAAAAUGUCAACACAGGUGAAACAGGUGGUUGCGUAGAAGAAUUUUGUGAAGAAGAUGCUGAUGAUUUGGCAGAAGAAAGUGAUUACAGUUUAUUCAGUGACAAUGACUGUAGGCAGACUUCAACGUGGAAUAAAAUUGGAGUAGAUAGAUAUCCCAGAAGCGACACAGAUGAAAGUACUGAUAUAGCGUAUCUGAAUGACAACAAUUCACCAACACACAACACUGAUGCAAGAAAUUCUGAUCAAUCCCAAGCGAAGUUAUCUUUCUUGGGGGUUACGCGUAAAAACAUCGAGCAGAUGUACUCUGAUGUUCCGAGUGCUAUGAAUCAGGGUUUGAAACUCGAUAUACACAGAAUUAAUUCUGUAGGUAGUGUAAAUGACGAUACCAACAUGUUUAGCAAGGAUAAAAGUGACCGGCAACCUGUGCUCUAUGAACAAUGCUGCGAUUUUGUAAAUACCGAACCAACCUUCGAUGAAUGUAUAGAUAUCCCUUUGCCUUUAUCUCAAUCUCGCAUUGAAAAAGAAUGUGAGAGUAUCUAUCAGGCAACGCCUGAAUUUGAAGAAUUCACGAGAACCGGUGAUAAAUGUUUGAAGGUUUACACACACAAAAAAAGACGUAACUUUAUUGGAGGACUUGAGAAGCGACCAGUCAAGUUGACUGACAAUAUGCCCGAACUAGCAAAUAACAAUUGUAUAGAUUUGAAAGAUGAACCGUCGAAGAAUGAAACUGAACUGGAAAGCGAGUAUAUUUUAGGUUUAGGAUCCAAAAUCGUAGAGAACAUAUCGGAUUUUGUCGGUAGUGAUACCUCGGAGCAAAGUGCCGUCUCAAUUGAAUCUGUGGACAUCGACACUACUAUCAACUUUACUAAUAAACAUGCCAGACAAAUGAAAGAGAUUUUCACAAACGAGCAAUUAGAUCCGACAAUCUUCAGACCCAAUUCCAUACAGUGUCCACCAACAUUAAGAAGAAGUGUGAGGCUGAGCCAACACGAAAACGACGAUUCCACAAACGAGAAGACUCUCCAGGAUGUGGAGAGAAGAAGAGACAUGCGGAAAAAUUCUGUAACAAUAAAACGCAAGAACAAGGACUCAGAUUACGGUGAAUCAGAUGAGAAUAAAGCGAGUCCACUGAAUUCCAUGGCAAAAUGCUCAGAUCCACAAAGAUCACUGCGAAGUAACAGCAAGUUUAUUGCACGUAGAGGCAAAACUCAUUUAUCGCUGUCUAAGAAUAUCAACAGAAAUGAAGAAAAAGUGAUUGCGAAUAGUAAACUGAAGCCGGAUAAAUUGCAAAUAAUAAAACCAGAGCCAGGAGAAAUGUUUCCAAAUAAAUUCAACACCAUAGCUUCUGUGAGUCGAGUACUGUGGGGUGACAUGUCAGACUGUUUGGAAAACAGCGAGAACAACAUUGAGGACUAUAUAGACUAUUCGCCGAGCAAGGAGAUCCCGUUUGCCGUUGGACUAUUGCCACUUCGUGCUGCCCUCGAAAGGAUGCAAGCCACACCAGAUUACCAGCCGCGGAAAACCCGAUCCUCCGUGAUGCUAUUUAGGCAGGAGUUUAACGGUGUUAAGAGAAAAAGCUGUGGUGGUAGCAGCGCGGACUCAAAUAAUGGCAGCGCGAAGCGACAGAACACUCAAUCUCAUGGUGAUAAUUUGAACGGCAGUACUGUUUGUCACGUUCACAUUACCGCAAGUCAUUCACAGCCUGUGGUUCGGCCUCGACGAAAAUCGUUGAACGAGGAAGUAGCUGCCCGGACGAAUAUAGCCAGUCGCCAAUGACACAGAUUGUUAUAUUUAUGCAAAAAUCCACUCAGCAUCAGAUUUAGCACAUUAUAUUAUGGAUUCAUAGCGACUAUUCUCAAAACGUACUCAUACCUACAAUAUUGUAGGUAUUUUAUUCUGUGUUGUAAUUCACACAUUUAUGUCGUACUCAUAACUCGUUAUUCAGAUUUUAACAUGAAUUAAGUAUGUUAUUAUAACAUCGGAAGAUAUAUUGCAUUUUUAUUUAUAAUCCACCAAUCAAAUUACUUAAUUGGACUUCUAUUAUCAGUAUGAUAUACCGAUUAUCGGUACAUGUAGAGCAAUUUUCUUCUCUGUGCGAUCAACCGUGUUCGCUAAUCUGGAAUUGUUAAUUUAUUCGUUAUCGUUGUCAUACUUGCAGAACAUAUUAUUUCAAUAA